GAGAAGACGGUACAUUCAAUACUUUGACCAGCAACGGUGACGCAACCCGGCGUAUAAACUGGCACCAUUCGAAGAAGACCGCGCGCUCGGACGACACCAAUUACUGUCCCCGUUUUCUAAUAACCGUAUUUUUUGUACUGGAAUAUUUAUGGCCAAAAUCAGCCAACAUAUCAUUAUGUGUCUGAUGAUGGGAUGCUUUCUUAAGUUUCUACCUUCGCACGCAGAAUCUAGCUUGAAAGAUAAAAACUAAACUAUCUAGUUUCUCAUACGCGGUGCUGGCGUUGUUGCGAGUAAAGAUUCGGCAAGAUGGCGGGUUCACAGACGAGGUCUGCUCCGGGAAAGCCUGCGCCCUAUUCCUACUGGGUGGUCAUAGGUGUCCCUUCCGUGGCCCUUUUAGGCUAUAUCCUCCUUCAGAAUAAUGUGACGGAGUUUUCAGCUUAUACUUUUAUUGAUGGAGUGGAACCUUUGACGGUCUAUAAUACCAUGAAGGACACGAAUACGUUGGAAAAGCUUCAUCCAAAAAUGCAUUCAAUAAAGAUCUUGAAGAGUAAAAAAGGGGCAGACGGCCACGUACACCGAACGCUAGAGGUUCUACGAACAGUGCCAAUAGUUGGCAAUCUUACCAUCAUAGCGUCGAAUUAUCUAUACCCGGCCGAACUGAAAAUAUUCACCAAGGCGAAACUAAAAUAUGGAACUCUUGAAGAGGUUUGGGCUUUCUCCGCUUCAACAAAACAGACUCUUUCCGGAGCAGUAUUCAAAAUGAGGGUCAGGAUGUCACAGCCAUGGAUUAUUGCAAAGGUUGGUGGACACCUUGUCGAGGAUGAACACCAGGAAUGGUUGGACAUUGUCAAGAAGUAUCUCCAGGUCGUUCCCGCCAAGAAACAACAACAAAAUCAGCAACAGCAACAGCAGAAUCAACAACGCCAGCAACAACAACGCCAACAGCAACAGCAACAACACCAGCAGCAACAUCAAAAGAAACCUUAGACUGUGCAUUUUAAAAUACAGCUUUCUAUGUGGCGAGAACACAUCUCUCCGUGAAAGGGGGCUGUAGAUAUGAGCUUGCGGUCAAAUUGUUGGUCUUCAUGUGAUUAAAAUGCACAUUUCGGUAUAAUGUGUUUGAUUAAGCGAUAAAUAUACAUACAAGCUUGAAUAUUUUCGAUCACUGUGGGAAAAGAGAGACGUCACCCUAAAACGGCGACUUCGUGAAGAAGUACCAUUACUAGGCUAUCUACCAGCUAAACAUGUAGAGUGGAACCCCGGUAACACGACCACGAAUCAUUGCAGCAUUCGUCUUUUCACGGCAAUAAGGCCCUUUGGUCGGGUUAGAGGUGUGAAUUUGGUCAUUGGGACCGCCCAAUCCAGCGGUCGUGGUCUGGGUACCGGAGUGGUCGUGUUACCGGGGGCCUUGUAAUGGUAGUUAGAGAGGAAACCAUUCGGGACCGGCGAUUCUUGGUCGUCAUAGCGGGGCUGUGGCGUUACCGGGGUUCCACUGUACAUGCAGGUUCCGACAAACGGUUGCUUGUUUUUGACUCUUAGAAAAGCCUUUCAUCCACCUAAGGCUUCCAUUUUUCACCAGUACAGGUAAAUGUUAAUCGUUCAACGAGAUAGGAUUUUUUGAAAGGCAACAGCAGGAAAGUAGCGCUUGAGAUUAGAAAGCUGCCGAGUAAAGUUAAAAUUAACUCCAGGUUCUCUCGGGUUAACACAAGCUGAUCUUUCAUCACUGACUAAACUGACCGCUUUUUUGUUUAAUUUCAAAAACAAUUUACAUGUAUCUGGUGUGGGAAAUGCUGGGGAUCUAAAGCAUGGCCUAAAGUUAGAUUGUUCACUACAGUCUGAAUCUUUCCAUUUAUUGAAAGAUUCUGCUACAAUACAGUAUUUUGGAGAAAGAACGGAGGAAAUAGAGGUUGUAUCUUUAGAUGUUAAGUGCAUAACCAUUAUUAUUUUCAUUUGUAUGCAGACUUCAUUCAUCAUAAUUCCUGUAAAACAGUGUAACAAAUGCAAAACCCCGGGUAAUCAUUCAUCCUUCAUCAUUCUUUUGGAUCGUAGCAACCAUAACAGCUUCAAAUACAUAGAACUUUGAAAAUAUUUAUUUUCUGAGCUAGAUAUAUGCCAAAUGACUACAUGUAUAGUUCGAGUGAUAUUAGGUGUAUAGCCUGAUUUGUUACCGUAGGAAGCGUCAUCAUGUACCUGUACAUGACCGCUCACGGUUUCGCACAGCACCUCGUAGCGACGAGAAAACCUUUCGGGUCGAGAUGGUGACGUUACUAGAAGAAUGCAUUUAUUCAUAAAAGUAACUUUUAGGAAUGUUUCUUGAUAAUUGUUUGUUAAAAGUUAUAUUUUGCAAUAGUAAAGUUUAGAUAUAAACGUAUGUGACUAACUGCUGAGAAAUGUGAGUGAAUAUUUUUAUAAUCCUGCUCCACUACUGAGAGCAUAAUAUCAAGUAUCUCCCUAGACACACAACAUGGAAUUCGCCAAGAUAAGACUGUUUGUGAACAGUCAGGACACAAAUUUGUUGAUGUGCACCAUUGCUAACAUAAAUGUAUCAGAAAAAAAGAAAACUGACAAUGCACAGAGUGAGGAGUACGACUUCCAAAGCAGGUAUAGAGCCAAGAUGUUCAUAUUCAGCUUUUGCUACAAAAUACAGUGUUGUUUCUUUCGAAUAAACAAGGUCUUCU